AUGCAUUCCAUCUUGGCUUUGGUAGUCCUCUUCGUUAGCACAUGCCUCGGAUCCAAGGUUAUUCUCAUUUCCUUUGAUGGAUUUCGUCAUGAUUACAUCGAAAUGGCUAAAGAACAGAGUAAAAAUGUAUCCGCCUUCGAAUAUCUGGAAAGGGAAGGCUUCAGAGGAAUGCAAGUUCAUAGCAUAAUGCCAUCUCUCACAUUUCCAUCACAUUUCGCCCUUGUCACUGGUCGUAACGCAGAAAAUCAC